AAAAUUGAAGUCCUUUUCCAGUCCUCCAAGAAAUCAAAUCCUUUCCCUGUGAAUAUACCAACUACAGCCACAAUUGUGCUCUUCUCAACAGACCUUUCAGCUCUGCCUCCUCUAACCACGACGAUAAAGCCCAGAACUACAACCUGUUUCGCAUCAUUCAGAUCAGUUUAACAAAUUUGCAACAAUGUCUGCUCAGGAUAAGGCUCAGCACUAUCUGGGUGCUCUCGACAAGGAGCUCUCCAAGUACCCUUCCCUCAACAACAUCGAGAAGCAGGCCGGUGUGCCCAAGACUUAUGCUGUCAUUGGCCUGGUCACCCUCUACUUCUUCUUCAUUGUCUUCAACCUCGGCGGUCAGCUCCUGACCAACCUGGCUGGAUUUGCUAUCCCUGGAUACUACUCUCUGGAGGCGCUCUUCACAACUGGCAAGUCUGAUGACACCCAGUGGCUUACUUACUGGGUUGUGUUCUCUUUUUUCACCGUCCUUGAGAGCCUCCUGAGUGUCGUCUACUGGUUCCCAUUCUAUUAUACAUUCAAGUUCAUCUUCCUUCUGUGGCUCUCCCUGCCCAUGACUAGGGGUGCUGAAAUCAUCUUCCGAUCCUUCCUGGCGCCCAUGCUCGGUCGCUACUUCGGCGGCUCCACCGCCCCUGGCCUGCGCGCCCAGGCCGAUAAGACCGAGUAAAUGAUUUACACGGGACCGCGAUAGCCCAAGGGUGUGCGUGACCCUUGCGACAAUCAACAGACUUUGGAUCGAGACACGGUCUUCGACGCGGUGACCAAAGUACGCCUCGGUAUCGGCAGGUACAUGCAAUGGCCAAUAAGUGCUUCAUUGCGAGGACCCUUCUCGGGGCUGGCAGUUCCUUGGGACUGUUCUGAAAGGUGACGAGAUAGGUGGCGGUGAUGUGUGUGGGGAGAUGAUAGAUUGAUUGAUACAAUAGACGGAUGGGUUUCCUUUUCCCGUUUGGAAAGGGUCUGCCAGAGACAUGAUUCACCUCGGACCCUAAUUUCCUUGUGCGUGCUCUGGACCAGGAAUGUAUACCGAAUCAAAUGGUUAUGACAUGAUCAAAUUGAAAUGCUCGUGGCUCC